GCUUCAAUGGAUAAAACAUCGGCGAAAAGCAGAGCACGGCAAUAUACAUAUUUGCACUCACUUCACUUCAAUCUCUUCCUCGUUCAAUUCCCUUCCACUCAAUAAUAAUUACCCAAUAAUGCUCAAAUCAACCUUCAAUCCUUUUUUCUCAGCCUUUCCCGCCAAUGUCAGAACCAGAAAACAGCCUUUUCAUGUUAUCCUUAGUUCUUUCUCACAAAUCCCUACAACUGUUCGACAAAAUGCCUCACCGAACGACCCUACUGCCAUCCUUCUACAGCAUCAUCUCUCCCCUGCUUCUGCUUACAUUCACCUUCCCUUCUGUCGAAAACGCUGCCAUUACUGCGACUUUCCCAUCGUUGCUCUUGGCUCUGCUUCCAGCCAAACCGAGGACGACCCUCGAAUGGUGAACUAUAUAAAUCUUCUCUGUCGAGAGAUUAUGGCGACAAAAGCAGAAAACAAGACCAACCCACCUCUUAAAACGGUGUUUUUUGGGGGUGGCACUCCUUCUCUGGUACCGCCGAGGCUUGUUUCGUCGGUUUUGGAGACGUUGAGAUUGCAAUUUGGGUUGAGUUCAGAUGUUGAGAUGUCUAUGGAAAUGGACCCUGGGACUUUUGAUGUUGUGAAAUUAAAGCAGCUCGUGGAAUUGGGUGUCAACAGGGUUUCACUUGGAGUUCAGGCAUUUCAAGAAGAGUUAUUGAAGUCUUGUGGGAGAGCUCAUGGUCUCAAGGAGGUGCAUGAGGCUAUUGAGAUUGUUGACUCUUGUGGGGUUGAGAAUUGGAGUGUGGAUCUAAUCUCUUCCCUUCCCCACCAAACUCCAGAAAUGUGGGAGGAAAGUUUAAGGCUUACUAUCGAAGCUCGACCCACCCAUGUGUCUGUAUACGAUUUGCAAGUGGAGCAAGGCACAAAAUUUGGAUUGCUGUAUAAACCAGGGGAGUUCCCAUUGCCUUCUGAUUCACAGUCAGCUGAUUUGUAUAAAAUGGCAUCAAGAAUGCUUUCUGAUGCUGGUUAUGCUCAUUAUGAGAUUAGUAGUUACAGCAAAAGUGGGUUUGAGUGCAAGCAUAAUGUAACUUAUUGGAAAAACGUACCUUUUUAUGGUUUUGGCCUUGGUUCAGCUAGCUAUGUUGGAGGGCUGAGAUUUUCUAGGCCAAAAAGCAUGAAAGGGUACAAGGAGUUUGUGGAAAAUUUGGAGAAUGGGAUGGUAGAAUGCCAGAAAAACAAUCACAUUGAUUUCAAGGACACUGCCACGGAUGUUGUUAUGCUAUCUCUAAGGACGGCCAAAGGCCUGGAUUUGAAGUCUUUCGGAGAAGCAUUCGGUGACUCCCUUGUUGUUUCUCUUUGUAAAGCGUACAAACCUUAUAUAGAAAGUGGGCAUGUAGUUGGCUUGGAUGUGAAGGGAAGAGCCUUAUCUGCAGAAGAAUUUGACUCCCUGCUACCUAAAGAGGACAAGGAGAAAAUUCAAAAGGAACUUGCUUAUAUUCGACUUAGUGAUCCAGAUGGUUUCCUUCUAUCAAAUGAAUUAAUAUCCCAUGCAUUUGGAGUCAUAGCUCCAUAGUAUCUGAUCCUUCUAGAUCCUUUGUGAUUAAGAGAAGUUCAGAAAAAGAAAAAUGCAUGUAUGUCGUAUGACCUGAUGAUAUACAGAGAUUAAGACACAAUGAUACCAACUUGUCCAUGGCAUUAGCCUAGGAUGGCCUGAUUCAUUAUUGCCAUUCUUUAACAUUGUUGGUGGUGAAGAGAAUCGUGUGGUGUUGAAGGAACAAAGGAAAGAAACUAAGACAGCAAGAAAUGUUAUCUGCAUUGAAGGUAUUAUGAACUAUGGAGCAUGAUGACAAGGAGCAAAUACAGACUAAUAAACAGUUUCAAUCAUAAAAAAGGGUAAGCGUAAUUUACUAAAGAUCAGCUCUGUUGCAGCCUAACGAGUGAAGAAAAUGAAUUAAACUCCGGUUACAGGAUUAGACAUUUGAAGUAUGACAAAGCUGUUAAUGCAAUUUUUUGCCUUUUUUUUCCUUUCAAUUAUUACUUGCUGACACACAUUGUAAUCUAUUAGUAAAUGAACAUGUAAGUCGAUUUAUAAACAUCUUCAUCAAAGUA